UCGUCCUCUGCUGCCUGCCUGAUGAUGCGUGGAAUGCUGCACGCAAAGCAAUAGGCGGCAAGCGGGCGGCUGGGCGGAACUGGAUGAUGCAUGACGAGAGUCGAGAGUGUGGAUUCGAGGUCCGAGGCUUGGAUGUCAUGAGGCUGUUUGUUGCUUUCUCUCUCCUAGCUCCUCGUUCCUCGCUCCUAUCCUUGCCACGAUGCUACCACCUACUAGCACUUACGACAGCAUACAUUCAGCUCUCAUCUAGAUCGUGCGACCGCACAGCAGUAUAGCACGACGUCGUGAUGGCUGCAUCGCCUCUCUCAUCGCCCGAGCAGGGGCCAGUCGCCGAGCCCCUUUCCAGGCCUGCGACACCUUUCAGCUUGGGAACGGCACAGAAAGCGGCGCCACCAUCAUCGUCACAUCAGUCUACGCGCAGGAACUCACACGCAAUACCAAAUGGCGGGAGCGGGAUGGAUCAUCAUCCGCACUCGCGCCCGCCUUCACGCUCAACGACGCCAUUCGACUCUGCGCGCGUGCUCAACCUGCCCGAGGCCAUUGGUGCAGGUGAUACAACAACUUACCAAGAGGCUGGUGGCCAGUCAGAGGAUGCAGGCUAUAGAGACGGCAAGGAGUCUGGCGAAUCAUCUUCGUCGAAUGGCGGGGAGAGAAUAGACUACGUAGCCCUGUUACCUCAGAAGGCUUCCAUCGACGAAGCCUCGGCAGCUAUUGCCAAGUUGGACCGCAUACAGACGGCCAAAGAGAACAAGCGCUGGUGGCUCAAGGCUACGGGGAUGGGCGCGAUCGUCAGGUCCAAGGAUGGGCAGACGAAGAAGAAGGAGAGACGGCGAAGGAGAAGAAGAAGGGACGAUUCUGCUUCUGGAGAUUUGGAGAUGGGGACACUUGCCUCGGGCUCUGGCUUGGCCUCGGCCUCGGCUUCCACCUCUCGCCUCGACCUGGAUGAAUUGCAAACACCGCAAGAAGUUCACUUGGGCAUCACGAGCGUACCGGGCUACUCGGUCCUUGCAGUCAAGAAGGCGGCGAGCAAGACAAAGGGCGUGGCGGGGAGGGUGAGGGGUACGAGUCGCUACUUUGGCGCCAGAUCGACCAGCCCUGAUCUUGACCAAGAGGAGGAGGAGGAUGACGAGCCGGAUGAGACGGGGCGUGCUCACUCUUUGAGAGGGAGAAAAUCGCCUCCUCCCGCCACGUCGGCGAAGCGCAGGGAAUCGUUAGGCCACCGCUUGGCCUCGGUCAGACAUCGCCCGACGCAGAGUCUGGAUGGGGCGCUUCUCGCGGGGAAUGGGGAGGCGCAGCAGCAGCAGCAGCGAGAAGGAGAGGCGAAGAGGCGCGGCAGUGAGGCUGGUGCGGCGACUCAACCACUCGUAGCACCUGCAACGUCACCACCUCCGACGGGAGCGGACACGGAUCCAGGGCUGGGCGCGGUAGCAGAGGAUCGACAUCUCGAGGAGCAGGCGGACGAGACGAUCAUUGACAAGGAGCAAGCACGGCACUCCAAGCCGAUCAAGCCGCGAUUGAGGAUUCCGACCUUCCACGUGCAGGAGCCCAGCAACCAGUCGGUCCUCGUCGACAAUGACGGGCGCGAUUCGCCUACCGUCAGGCCGGUCGCAACGCGUGGUGCCCUCUCAUUUGGCUCGUCAAGUCGGGACGAGGAGAACGUAGAGCAGGAUCUCCUCUUCACCUCCCCGAUCGAAGAUACGCAAAUCCGUCGCUGGCCCUCCUCCACCUCCUCCUCGUCGAGCACGGCCGAUCCCAGUCCAGGCGACAGAACGGCGGCCGACCUGACCCACUCGCGCGACUCGGCCUCCUCUUCGAGCGACGAUGAGGGCGCUCUGGCCUCCCUGCAACUGGAGCACGGCCAAUCCCUCACCAACAAAGAGCUACGCAAACAGCUCAAGCGCGAUAAAGCCCUCCCGCGGGAUUCGAUGGGUCGAGCCACGAACCUGACGCACAAGGUAUCGCGCGGUCUGCAUUAUGCGAGCAGCGAGAGUCGUAAUCGACGGGCGAUGGAUAAAUUCUCGCCGAACCAACAGCGCGGCGAGGCGCAGGCGCAGGCGCACGCACAGCAGCAGGGCAGAAGGGGGUCCAUGGCUUCUAUCCUCGAGUCGGGCGGGCUCAGCCGCGUCAAUACAUCGAGCAGCAGUGCGCGCAGGACGCCUACCAUGGAUGGCGGCGGCGGCGGCGGCGGCGGCGGCGGGUGGAACCCGACAUUCAGCAUGACGCGGGCCUCGCGAAGAGGCAGUACAACGACGGCCACGGCGACUCCCGCCGGGAUCAGCACCGCCAACACGCCCGAGGAAAGCGAUGCGGGCGACCCGCUCUCCCGCGCUGCCUCGCCUCCCGUGGCUGAGCCGCAGCAAGGAGAGGAUCAGCUUAAGCGCACCACGACGCUCCAGAGCAUGGCGAGCUCCACCGCCGAGUCGCAGUCGCAUCUCCACGCCCCGCGCCCCUGGCACUUUCGUCAAAGGCAUCGCUGGGCGAAAGCGCACGCAGACGAGGGAGCCGCCGUGCCUGGGGAAGUAGACGGGGAGGGCUCCUCCCCCCGCCACGAGGUCGAAGCCCAAGCCGACGCCGAAGCCGAGCUUCAGGACGUCCUCACCAAGCUCGCCGCCGAACAGGCCCCAACGCAGAGUGGCGUCCGCUUCGAAUGGGACGUCCUUUACGAGAAUCAGCGCGGCAUGCUCUUCUUUGGCCUGCCCAAGUUUUCCGCUCGAACCCUCCUUCAAUGGGAUCCGGCACCUUGGGUCGAUGCGAGGGGCCAGAACUCCCCUUACUCCAUUGUGAACGCUCAAUUGCCCGACCCGAGCUGGGGGUGGGUGUACCCUGAGUGGGUGAUCGAUAUGGCGGGGGACGUGGAUGAGCAGGGCUGGCAGUAUUCGGGGAAUUUCGGGAGAAACCCCUUUGCGGCGUUAGGCCACUUGAGACGUGGGAAGCCGAUGGCCAAGGGGAAGGAGGCGGAUAUGGAGAUGAGUCAGAGGUGGAAGGAGCGCGAUGACGAGAGGCGCAAGAAGGAGAGACAGAGGGAGGAUGAGGGCUUGGAGGCGUUGAAGCGCAGUAUCAAGGCGAGGGGGAGUAAGUGGACCGGUCGGCCAGAUCCUGGGAGCUUUGUACGACGGCGGAGGUGGAUAAGGCUGCGCAAGCGUGCUGCGUUGGAUACGCUCACCUCUUCUGCCCAAGCGGCCAUGGCUCAGCAGCAGCAGCAGCACAACCAGGCGAGAGGAGGGGACUUGACCCAUGGCCUGAAGUUCCCUUUGCACAACGAGGAGAUGGGAGCGGACGACGACGACUCGAUCAGUCUCUCGUCUAGCAGCGAGUCUGACUCGGAGAUGGACGAGGAGGACACGGCCAGCUCGCACGACGACUCAAACUCCGAUCACGAUGCCGAGCGCGACCGCGAGCGCGACUACACGGGACCGUACGGCAAGCCUUCCGCCUUUCUUCCCCGUCGCACGGCCGGGCACCUCCAGAACGGUCCGGACCCGCUUGCAUCUAGACGCUCGCGCUCCAAAGCAAUUCGGCGACACCGCAAAGAGUUCACGGGGACGCUGCGCGAGUUCAAGACUCUUUUGCCUACCUUGCUCGGAUGCGAGGCCAACAAGGGCGGGAGAGCAGAGGGGAUGGGCAUGGCCAUGGGGACCAUUGAUGCGCGCAAUCCGUUCUUGAGCUGGGCGUUCAUACGACGUAGGUUGAUGGACGACGAUAUGAGCUGGAAGACGACGAGCCUCAGGCAAAGGGAGAGGAGACAUUUGCAACGGCACGGAGGACACCACCAUCAGAAUCACCAGGACGGCGAGGCCAGACGCCUCCCCUCGGCGUGGAGCCCGGCGAGCGGGGCCGGGGUUGAAACGCGCGAUUUCGCUGCGUCCAUGACCAGCGCGGGACGACGCUACUCCGAGUCGGGGGAUCCUUCGCCCCUCUCCUGGGACCUGACGAGGGACGCACUAGUGGAGAUCAACUUCAUUCGCGUCAAGCGGGUGCUUCGCGCCUGCAAGGUGGACAGACAGCGACUCGACCUGUGGAGAUGCUGGCUUGGCUCACCUGCUCCCACUGCCGCUCCUGACGAGCGCGACCAUCACCACCAGCAGGGAGGUCCAACACGCUCCUUCUCUACUACCUCCACGAUUCGACAGCCACGUCGUCAAGCAACGCAGCUCAAUGCCCACCCGGACGCCAAUGACGUCUGGGACGUGCUGGAGCGACGACUGGAUGCUGUGCUAUACCUCUUCGAGUACAAUGCCUCGCGCGCAACGCUCUUGACCCUUCUACUUACGACGCACGAUGCUGCCCACCCGACGCAUCGUUAUCGUGGGGGAGUCAGCGGAGGGGGCACGAGAUACGGAUUGCCGGACAGGGAGGGGCACUGCGUUCAGGUGAGGGCGCCGAGGGAGUUGGACCCGCUCCAGGGGAGGAGACGUGCUGAAGGUGAGGGCGGCGAGCAGGCUCAGAUGGGUAGACCGCGCGAGAUGGACUGGGUUGUGGGUCUUGCGGCGAGGCUGCAGUUCUACUCUGACGUGAGGGCGAUUGCGGACGCGAUUGAGGUGCAGCGACAUGGCCACGGGCACGGUCGAGAGGAGAACGAUGCUCGAGAGCACAAUCACGGCCCGCGACGAAGCUCCACCGUCGCGGUAGGGGAUCGAGCCAGCUCUAGCCCCAGUCCUAGCCCCAGCCCGAGCUUCGGGAUGCGGGCUUCUACUCUCUCGCCUCCCCUAUACAUUCCCGGCGCAGGUUCAAGCGGAAGUAAUAGCAGCUUCAAUGCGGCGGCCGCGGAGGGCUCUGAUGGCAGCAGACAAGACUCUCCUUCCCCUCAACCUCAACAUCAACCCACGCACAGAGCUCCAACGCCGAGGAAAAGACCCUCCCACGCUGCGACGCAUUCUAUGGAUUUGGGGAUCAGCCCGCAUCCGAGCUUCCUUCACGAGGAGCGGCGUGGCAGCACCGGCGGCGGCGGCGGCAAGUACGCAAGCACCUUGGGUCCUUCGUCUUCCUUUUCACUUGGGAACGGGCACGCCAAACCACAAGCCCAUCUGGGCGGGGGCGGAGGCGGAGGACUGACCGUCCCCGCCGCUUCAUCCGCAUCGCGCUCUCGUUCGCCUCUGACCAGAGUGUGGAGCACGGCCACUACCGCUGCAUCUGAUGGCGGAGAGGACGACAACAGCGGCAGCAGUGUGCCGAAGGCAUCGCCAACUUCGCUGACGGCUUCGUGCUCGCAGAUAGAGGCUGGGCAUGAGCAGGAGCCAACCAGCAGGGGGAUCGAAGCCCUUUUGGCCGAGCAGAGCCGCGUGUUGAAUGGCGCCAAGGGCGCGGGGGCUGCGGGUGGGAAGGGCUCAUCUGGCGCGGAUCUGAGGCGAUGGGAGGAGGACGCGGAGCGUGAGGAGGAGCAGCAGCAGCAGGAUGAGGGGGAGGGGGAUGAGCAAGGCGCGUUUAGUGACUCGCCAAAGGAGAUGAGUGUUGAGAUUGGGCAGCCGUAGGCGGCAAGCGGGCGAGCGGUUAUACCCUAGCAUGACGAUGACGAGGAACAAAUGCAAUGCAGCGCAUGCCAUGCCAUGCCAUGCCAUGCCAUGCCAGUUCAUCCCUCAUCUCUCCUCUGUGUCAAGCUCCAUCCCCAUCCCC